AUGCUGUGUAUGUUUUACGAGUCUUGUGAAAGAACGGAACGGAACUUUGCUCUGAACCUGCCGGAAGGGAACAGGAAUUUUAUGUUUAGCAUGAUGCAAUUACACAAGAUAAGCAGGAGCGUGCCUGGAGUCAGAUGCAUGCAUGUGAGUGGACGCAGACUAGCAGAGAAGUCCCAUUAUGAGAGACUGAAACUUCCGUUUGAUGCAACGACUGCAGAAAUCAAGAACAAGUUUAAGAAGCUGUCGUUGAAAUUGCAUCCGGACAUAUUGAAGUCACAAGGAUUGAGUGAUGCCGAACUUGAUGCAAAGUCAGACGAGUACCUGAAGGUGAAGAAGAGUUAUGAGAUUCUUGCCGAUGAUAAGAAAAGAGGGGAGUAUGAUCUACAUAUGGGCAUCAGACGAAGAGAGGGAUCAACGUCGCCUAACAGCUUUUUCAAAAGACCAGGAAACUCGUUCCACUUUCACGAGCAGUACAGAUACAACGACGUCCCUCACUUUGAUUCAAGAAAGCACCAGGAGAGAAACGAGAGGGUAGAGAAGCGGUUUAGGUACCAGCAGAAGGUGAACCAAAACGUCGACACCUUUGGUCGGGACUUGUACGCAAGAAACUUGGGUGCCCACGGGCCCCGGAAGGGCAUUUACAGAGAAUACACGUAUCAGCCUGACAUCCGAGAAGAUGAGUCUGAAGGGAAAAAGAUUGCGAUAAAAUUGACUAGUGGAGUUAUCGGUAUCUUUGUCCUGUGGUAUGUACUUUGCGGGAAUUACAAUACGGAGAAGCAGACGGGAGAAAGGGAAAAGAAGAUGUCAGAGAGUCGUGAAAGAGCAGCCAAGGUAGAGGCGGAAGCAGCUGCGGGCGCUGCUGCUGCUGCUGCUGCUGCUGCAAAGUCUGCCGAUGAGAAGCACGAGGAGGUGAACAGCACAAGCAAGAGCGGCAACAACAUGAGUGUCAACAAUGCGUACGGGCUGAUGUUGAUUGGAGGGGACUCAAAGAGGGAUGACAUGGAGGUCUUCGAAGAACAGACGUCCGAAGCUGCUGAAUGA